GCUUGUUUUAUUUGGCUUCCAUUAUUAUUUGAACGAAGCAAUAAACAUUUUUCUUGGUUUUGCUACGCCCCGAAGUAGCCGACAUCAAGCCUUGUCAAGACAAGCCUGAUCUCUACUCUCUGAAUGCUCCUUUGUUGUGACCUCGCUAGGCAAGAAGCAAGCAAUCUCGCUGAUUCGUCGUCGAAUUGUGUGCCUAUUUUUGUCUGUGUGCGUAAACGAUGGCGUACAGCGUGCUUCAUGACGAACUGCUGCUGCGAUCUCUUCACUGGGACGAAAUUGAAGACAUGCACUUGCUCCCCAUGGAACCACGGCGGGAUCUUCGGAGGCACGGGCUGCUUAAUUUAGAUUCCAUGGACAGCACGGCGUUCUACCGGUCGUUCAGGUUCCAGAAAUCGGACCUGGACGAUCUGAUGACCGGCCUGCUUAUUCCAGAAGAGGUUGAGAGUGCCCAGCGAGUUCGAAUUCCAGGCCGCGAGGCGCUGUGCAUGACGCUGCGGCGUCUCGCCUAUCCGAACCGCCUGUGUGAUCUGGAGGUCUUCUUUAGCCGCCACACUUCGGUGAUAUCGAGCGUGGUGUCCAAAGUAUUAUCACAUAUUGAGUACAACUUUGGACACCUCCUUGCGGACCUCACGGAGCACAGGUGGCUCAACGUGCAAAACCUGGAGCUGUUUUCCCAGGCCGUUCACAGGAGAGGUGCUCCACUGGAAAACUGCUGGGCCUUCAUUGAUGGCACAGCACGAAGAAUUUGCAGGCCUUCAAUUGGGCAGCAGGACCAUUUCUCCGGACACAAACGCCAUCACGUUCAAAAGUUUCAAGCUGUGAUGUGUCCCAAUGGCAUUAUUUGCCAAUUGGAUGGACCAUUUCAUGGUCGGCGCCAUGAUGCUGGAAUUCUGAAGAUGACGGCCCUCUACCGCAACCUGGAAAAAGUCAACCAAGGCCACAAAUACGUGAUUUAUGGUGACCCAGCCUACCCACUCCGGCCCCUUCUCCUUAAGCCUUUUGGAGGUGCAUCUUUGAAGCCCCACGAGGUUUUAUUUAAUAAGCGCAUGAGCACAGUGCGGCAAGCCGUAGAGUGGGGGUUCGGCAAAGUAGCAGCAGACUUUGCGUUUGUUGAUUUUCAUAAAAAUCAAAAAAUGACGCGCCAGAGGGUGGGGCGAAUGUAUAAAGUUGCAACACUGUUGUCUAACUGCCGUACUUGCAUGUAUGGCAGUCAAGUGUCUGCAUACUUUGACAUCGAACCACCCUCCUUCAGAGAAUAUCUGGUACCUCUCCAGUAAGUCGCCUGAGGUAGUGCUUAAAACGAGAACAAGGUAAAAGCAGGAGCCAAUGUUUUGACUCGGUGGACUUUUUCAAGGCAACAUAUGCUCUCCUCGGCACAGUAUGUAUAGGGAGCGAGGGUAAGGUGGGUGGGCGAGGCAAUGGCUGAGGAUGUGUUAGUGGCGAGGGUGUAGAAUUGAAUAGAAAGAUAAUGCGCUACUGAACAUCGCUGGAGUAUGGUGAGGUAGCGCCAUGUGUCAGCCGGUAGUAGUGGCAGAAAAUAGUGCUUGUGGGAAAAAACUGAUUAAAUAUAUAAAUAAAAGAACGAAAGGAAUGAAUGCUGUGAAUAUAAACGUCAAUAUUCCAACGUAAUAAAUAUAUAAAUAAAAGAAUGAAAGUAAAGGGACGCGGGGAAGUUGCAGUGUUAGACAAUUUUAUUCACGGCAUUCAUUCCUUUUGUUCUUUCAUUGAUAUCAUUUAUUUCUCACAAGCACCACCUUCUGCCGCUACUUUUAUUCUCUCUGUCAGCGACAUGUCAACUGGCUGACACACAGUGAUACCUCACUUUCCUCCACCGACAUUCAGUAGCCCACCUUCCUUUUCAAUUCUACACCCUCGCCGCUAACACACCCUCGGUCGUUGCCUCAUCUACCAGCCUUACUCUCUCUCCCUUUUAGAAGAACUGUACCUAUAUAUAAUGUGCCGGGGAGAGCAUAUGUCGCCUUGAAAAAGACAACUACACUGAGUCAAAACAUUGGCUCCUUUUUUACAUUGUUCUCACUUUAAGCUCAUCGUCUUGAAUUUCUAUCUCCCGCCUUUCCCAUGUUUUCCCUGAGAUAGUGCUGCAAGACACUUGCAGCCACAUCUCUAGGCCAGCGGCGGCUAUUAUCUCUGUCACCCGAAUUUUGACAAAUUGGCCCAACUCAUUAUGUUGCAAAAAUUGAUGGCGUGGAGCAGAGGUAGAAUACCCGGCUUCAAAUCUGAAGGUCAUAAGUUCGAAUCCUACUCCAGUCCACCACAUUUUCAGGCAUGGAGUGGUGCCCGACACCGGCAAGAAAGAAAAAAAAUAUAUCGCCGAGAGCUAGUGGGGCUAUACUAGUUCAGGUGCAACCAAACUAGGAAGGCCCAUAAAGCUUCAUCAAAGUCACUCCCUCACCAGAACAGGAAUUGGCCUCCCUGGUGCAGUUCUCGGCCACUACCUCCCUCAUGACUCCGACAAAUAACCCAUGGCCCUCAAUCCCCAGUGGCUGCGGAGCACCUGACCAAGGCGGCGGUCAGACCUGCUACGCGGCAGAGGGUGCUAAGAAUCUCUGGGUCAAGACAGGCCGCCAAUGGAAACUGAACCUGGCAACGUUCAACACGCGCACGCUCUCGAGUGAGGCUAGCUUAGCAGGACUAUUUGAAGAAUUAUCAGGCAUUUCCUGGGAUAUUAUUGGCCUUAGUGAGGCAGCAUUACAGCUUUUAUCGGUGCUAUUUGUGAUUUGGCUGCUACGAGCGACAUGACUGUGUUGCCACGGAUGUCAACUGCCUUCAAAUAAGAGUAAGCUCUCUAGGCUUUCAAACUGGUGUCAGAGAAGGUGUGAAGCUCAGCAAUCUGCAUCUCUACGUUCAGACCAGCUCUUACACGUAAUGGAAUCGUCACAGAAAAUAUUUGCAUGACAUCUGCACCCCAUUCUUUCCAUUGGGUUUUUAUCCCUUCAGGCAUUUGUUUAUCCCAUGGGCUCUUUAAGACCCAUAAGCGCUGAAGCGGCACCUUUGCGGUCACAGUAAACACGGAGAUUAUGCCAGCACAAUUGAAGAUUCUGGGAGUUUUUAGUACAGUGCUUUCCGUGUAACUUUGGGCUUUAUUCAUGUAUUCCAAUAGAGAAAUUGCAGAGAAUUCAAAGAGGUUAUUUGCUGUGUCCUAGUGCAUACCUAAAACUGACGUUUUUUGUGCACCCUGCACUUGUUCUUUGUUGCGAUCAAACACCUCCUGUCAUUUGUUUCCACUUGCGGAGGUUCAUGCCUGCAUCUCUCAUGAUGGUCUUCGACCUCUUGUAGAUGUCUAAACUUACUAAAAUGUCUGCACCCUCGAGCAGAUCAACACAAAAAGCUUUCUUCAGGAUGGAGGCUAAGGUGUUCUCUUCACCACAAACGGUGUCGAAGCGAUGGAUAGUCACCAUUAGCAUAAAUUGACUAGAUGUGCACCCACGAGGCACCCAAGUAAUAUGCUAUUCUGCAAAGUUAUUGCUCGGGCUACGAGGGACUGUAUCAAACCAAAGAAAGCGGAAUGCAUCUCAAUCAGGCUCCUGUAUCUCGAUUUGCAGAAAUGCCUUCUUGAUGUCCGAAUUAAAAGCUAUGGGGUACCUGCGAAAGCAUAUCGGGACCUGCAAUAUUUCUGCCUGCGAUUUUUCCACUUCGUCCGUAUAGUCAAUAAGGGAUGGGAGACCUUGUGCAUGCAACGAUGCCUCGAACACUACUCUGAGCUUCAUAGGGUGAUUCUUCUCUUAUCACUGAUCUACGAGGCAUGUCGUAGCUAGUUCAUCCAUUAGGAGUCUUUUCGGGCACUAACUUCAUGUGUCCGAGCAAAGGAUAUUGCCUUUUGACCUGGUUGAAUCGCUGUAACUGUCCGUCAUGUCGUGAUAGCCUUUUAACCAGCUUACUUGGGCGAGAGAGCCGUAUCAUGGUUGUCUCCGAGUAAAUAAUUUCGCUCUUCUUCCCACGGUAGCGCAACAGUAUACCGGAGAUUAAAUUUACUGAUCAUCUCGUGGAAUUGCUUCAGAGACUUGUAAGUGUUACAGUUGCUUUGAUAAGUGCUAUCCACUGCUCCGAGUCGCCAAAAGGACUGCAAAACCUGAGAUUUCUUUGUGAUAGAGUCUCCACUUGUAGCGCACAGACCAUCAAGUUCGCAUUGUGUUCGAAAAAUGCUUUGCAUCGACUUGAUCCUUGGAGUGUCCAUACGAAGGUGGAAUUUAUUACGACUAAUCCUUACAUAUCUGUGCUGCAUUCGAGUUCUCCGAUCAAUACCUUCCACAGAUGAUCUGACCUGAUGAGUAAACAAAGUCCUGGUUUCCCAUCUGCUCCAAGAAAUUUGACUUUACGUUGCAGCUGCCUCACAAAGUUGUCGAUAAAUAGUGCAGAAAUAGUGGCAGAUAAAUGGCACCAUGAUUGCUUGCACAGUGCAGACUUAAGCCAAUGCAAGAAGUCCGACACCGAGCCAUUUUCUCUUGUAUUCUCAACAUCCUUCCCCCCCCCCCUUUCUUAGCUGGCGCACAACUAUUGUUUUUCUAUAAGAAUAGAACAGUUAUACCAUUCUCGUAUUGAACUUUACACAGCAGCAUUAAAUUGUGCACUUGUAAAAAAGAAACAUGGUUAUUUCCAGACUUUCGAGUCAAUUACAAAUUUCAGUCACUACAGCAUAUUCCUUUUAUUUUGAACGAGUAGAACCACACAAUAGUCUUUACAAAGAAUGAGCUGCUCCAGUACAUUGUAAAUUUGAAAAUGUAACGCGUCUGCCGUUCUUACAUUGCUUUAUUUUAAUGAUGUGACUUUCCUUGAUAUGUUACUUUACGAAAUAUGUGCAAUAUCCUUUUUGUUGUUUGCAUACGUCUAUCGUGUACUUAGGAAUGUAUAACAUGAGAACCUUUGUGUAUUGAUAUAUAUGUUCUUUCAUGUGACUAACUUUUUGCUAUACGACUAUUCUUUGGGCAUUGCCUGUGUGUUUCUCUGGACCUAGUCAAGCUGCAAAAACGUUUCUUAGUCAAGGAACCUUCCUUUGAAAGGAAAAUAAAACUAAAUUGAACUGAAGUGAGUGAACGUUAGAGGGAAUACAAAAUAAAUUUGGUUUACAAAAGUGUUUCACCUGUUGGUCUGUGAACUGUCUCUUGGCAUUGUUGUGAUGGUGAAAGGACCCAACAGCGGCGUUUACAUUAAGCAAGUUUAUAUUGAUGUUUACAGUUUACUGAAGCAUUCAUAACUGCAACACCAAAGUAGUAAAAAAAGUGCUAAAUACCGUAUGCUGCUUGUAUUGGUGUCGUGUCCGUGGAAAUUGAUUAGAUUUAAUCUUCACAGGUUGGCAGGUGUGUUAACACAGACAAGACUGCAUAGUCACGUGUUGCAGUGUUGAUCUGCAGGGAAAAUAUAACCGAUUCCAACAUGCCUUUCGCUAAUGAGCAACUUUAUGGAAUACGAGUUAUUACAGUUUUAGAUUUGGAAUUAGAACAUUUUGUAGUUAUUGGUCCAGUGCUGCUAAUCAAACUAUUGUGGGACA